AUGACGGGCGACGGGCAGGACAGCCCUACACAUCUGCGCCAUUGGCAGUCCACUCGUUCGCACCUAUCGUGGCAUCAGACGAACAGCCUAACCGACACGCUAGUAACCUCUCUAUCGCCACAACUACUCAUCCCACACCUGUUACAAGCUGUUCAGAGACAAGACGCCCCCGAGGCGUACAGCCUGUUGAAGGUGUUCAUCACCACAGCUCCCUCAUUGUUUCGAGAGGCGGCAGCGGCCUUAACCAGUCUCCCUCGAACUUGCAUCACCCAGAUCUUUCAAACCCUCGACCCCGUGGAAGCAGGGUCGCGCCUUGAUUGCACUCAUGGACUGCUCAUUUCAGAGAAUCUCCAAGAAUACAGUCCGGUCGCACGCGCCUUUGACGAACUGGGUGUUCGCAAAAUUUACAAGGAUGUCUUUGCCACUUUGCUUGCUUUUGCAGACAUCGUCAUCCGACAUGGCCACAGCCUCAUCAUUCCAGAAUACAUCGUUCUCCUACGAUGCGCAGGCGCAACCUCAGACCCGAUGGCUGCGAAAGACGUCUGGAAGAUGAUGGACAAGGCCGGCGUCACCGACGCCCGAACGGGACAUGCCCACGACGAAUUCAUGAAGGCCCGCUUCCUCACCGAACCCUUAUACCUACAGAACGAUCUGGCGCGAGGUCGUCUCCGGCCGCGCAAUCUCAGCGGUGCCAGGAAGACGCGAUCCAUCUCUUCCUCUCUACGAGGCCGCCUCGAAAAGCUCCGACUAUACAGGACACGUGCAAGGCGCUUCCAAUACGGCCAAGCGCCACACCAACCAGAGAGGGACCUUGCUCGGGUACUGAGCCUGCCACAUCCACUCAAGAGAAUUUGGCACGGUUUGAUAAACCGAGGCAUCAAACCCGAUCACCAACUCUACUGCACUUACAUGAUAGCGUGCGGCCGGGUCGGCAAUCUGUUCCAGAUCAUCCAUUCCCUGGCGAAAGACCUGGGACUCGAGUUCUCCGACGUUGAGGAUCAUCGAUUGACCAACAUCAGCGGGGGGUUCAACUUCCCGCGGGGCUCUUCUCUCGCCCCAACGACGCGGCUACUGCAUGCCGUCGUCCACUCGCUCGGGACGGCCGGCUAUGUCGUGCUGGCCAAGAAGGUGCUCCAGCACCUUUCCCGGCGGUACGGGCUGACGAUACCGGCCACUACCUGGUCAGACCUUCUCGAGUACACGUACAUGAGUUCGACGCAUGACGCCAGGACGGAAUGGGCCCUGUUCGAGGCGAGGUCGGUCCGAAACAGAGACAUCCAGGCCCAAGACGUCAUCGACGUGUGGGAAACCAUGCUCUCGGAACCCUACAACACCCAACCUACCUUGGAGGACCUGGACAAGUACACGAAUGCCCUUCUCCAAGUGGGGAGAUUCGAAGACGCCGUCGAAGCCAUUAGGCUGGGAAGCAGCCAUUACCACAGCUUGACGCAUGACGUCCACGACGCGCUCGCCGAAUCCCUCUAUCCGUCCGCCCUUCCCAGCGCCACGGACCAAUACCUCCGGGCCAAAGCGCGCCAGCACCGGUCCUGGUUCACCAUCCAGCGCUGGUGCGAACGGUGGCUCCGACGCACCAGCAGGCAGAACCUGGCAGACGAGACCGUGUCCACCCAGGCCAUACCCGAUUUCGUCGCCGAGUUUCGCGCCUUCAUCCCCUCGCCCGCCGUGUAUCACACCCCGGGCGGGCUGGUCCGGCUCUUCGCGUCGGAGGGCACGAAGGCGAAGUACCGAUGGCGGAAGGAGGAGGUGCAGUCGACGCCCACGCUCGUUCUGCGGCGCGACAAGACGGAUCCCGUCGUCGGCGGCGAGCGGGGGGAGCAGCUCCGCAACGAGCAGGGGCAGCCGCUGUAUCAUCGGAAGAACAGGCUUUUCCAGCAGACGUUUGAGCGCGGGGUUCGCGUGCGUAGGACGCUGGCGUGGGAGGAGGUUGGGGUCCUGAGGUAUUGCAUGCGAGAGGCGGACGACGUGCGGGACGGCGCGCGGUUGCCAUCGCUCAGGGUGGGCAGGAUGGCGGAUUGUGUGGAGUGGUGA